GAGACACAUUUUCUUCCAUCCAUAUCUCUUCAUAUCAACUUCAUUUUUUUAUUUUUUUCUUUCAUUGUCAUAUUAUUGCUCCAAUAAUGUACUCUUAAUUAAAGUGGUAGCAUGCAUUUAAUUUUUAUUGUGUAUAUAUAGGGGUAAGUGCUAGAAGAAAAAUGGCCGAAAGAACAAGAAAAAAAGAAGAUAAUGAUCAUGAUGAGGAAGAAAUAGCGAAAGAAAUGGGGAUGGAGAAUCAUAGUGAGGUGAUGUUAGAAAACAUUGGUGUGUGUAACAUGGAUGAAGCACCAGCUAGAAGACGUGCUCGUGAGGCUUUUAAGCAUGUUCAGCUUGCCAUUGAUCACUGCUUGUUUCGGUUACCUGUAGAUGGGAUAAAGAUGAAAGAGGGCUAUGAAGUGAACUCCAGAGGAUUAGAAAUAUUCUCCAAAAGUUGGCUACCAGAAAAAUCUUCUUUGAAAGCAAUAGUUUGUUACUGUCAUGGCUAUGCAGACACUUGCACAUUUUACUUUGAAGGAGUUGCAAGGAAGUUAGCAAGAUCUGGUUAUGGAGUGUUUGCAAUGGAUUACCCUGGAUUUGGUCUCUCAGAUGGCCUUCAUGGCUAUAUUCCUAGCUUUGAAAAUCUAGUGAAUGAUGUUAUUGAGCAUUUCUCCAAAAUUAAGGAACAAAAGGAGUAUCAAAAUUUACCAAGCUUCUUGUUAGGUGAGUCAAUGGGAGGAGCCAUUGCUUUGAAAAUCCACUUGAAACAACCACAUGCAUGGGAUGGUGCUGCUCUUAUUGCACCUUUAUGCAAGUUUGCUGAAGAUAUGAUUCCACAUUGGUUGGUUAAACAAAUACUAAUUGGUGUCGCCAAGGUUCUUCCCAAGACUAAGCUAGUUCCACAAAAGGAAGAGGUGAAAGAAAAUAUAUAUAGAGAUGUGAAGAAAAGAAAAUUGGCACCGUAUAAUGUGUUACUAUACAAGGAUAAACCAAGACUUGGAACUGCAUUGGAGUUGCUUAAGGCCACACAAGAGUUAGAACAGAGAUUGGAAGAAGUGUCAGUGCCAUUAUUGAUCAUGCAUGGAGAAGCUGAUAUAAUAACUGAUCCAUCAGCUAGCAAGGCUUUGUAUGAGAAAGCUAAUGUGAAAGACAAGAAACUGAUCCUCUAUAAGGAUGCUUUUCACACUCUACUUGAAGGUGAACCUGAUGAAACAAUAUUCCAUGUGCUUGCUGACAUUAUAACUUGGCUUGAUGAUCAUAGCACCACAAAAUACAAGUAUUAAGCACCUUAUUCUACUUUUAGAUAAUCAUAAUGUUUAUUUGGUGUACUAGUAUGAUAUAGAAGCAAUGUCAAUGCUUAAAUGUGCUUGACUGCUUAUAUUUACUAAACUUAAGUUUGCAUAGUAGAAUGUUCCUAUGUUUCAAUAUAAGUAAUUUAUGUUACAUGGUA